GGGUCGCGGCAGAUUAUCAAAUGCCGUGGCUGAGAGUUACUUUGAAAUUAUAAAAGAGUGUAUUCUGAAGAAGAAAACUCGUUUAAAACCAUCAGAUGCAAUUCUUAAAAUACAUCUUAGUACAAUGGCUCGUUUGGAGGCUGGACGUUACGGGUUAACACAGACAGCAGCUCAACGAAAAUCUCGUGCGUUUGAUGUGCUUAUGCCAGAGACAUGGCGAAGAAGAAAAUCUCAAUCAAGGGGCAAAUACUUUAGAAGAGCUGUUUCUGUAGAUAAAACUGUAGGCCAAAAAAGAGUUCAAAGAAGCCAAUCGGAUGAUUUGAUAAACCGGAUCGCGUUAGCGACAGCGCGAUCGCGCCGCGAAUGA